AUGCCACUUACUUCUUCUAACUCCUAAACAUGGGCAUUCCCUAAGGUGUUCCCUUUGGUCUUUUUUCUGUCUAUAUUUUCUUCCUUGACAAUCCCUCUCAGACCUAUGAGUUACUUAGAAAAUAUACACAUAUCUCAAUCUCUUGUUCCAACAUUUCAAGCUAGUCACAAACCAAUAUUCUUCUACUAUUUACACAUUUCUAUCUGGCUGUCUGGAAGGGCCUCAAAUUCAACGUCAAAACAAAUUCAUUUUCUUAUCAAAAAAACUGCUCAUCCUUCUCUCUUUCCUAUUGUCAUAUCACCCUUGACCCCCUCUCUGCCUGUCUAUUGUUAUUAUACCUCUGAGGUGUUCGACACUUUCAUUCUCUGUACUUAAGUUGUAUUUAUGUUACAGGAUUUUGCACACUAGUUUCACUCCUUUGCCCACUGCUCACAGGCCUGUUGAGGGCACUGCAUCUUAUUGAUUUCUGUGUUCUCAGCACCUCACUCACUGCCUGGAGCAUAGUAAGUGUUCUAUACACAUGCUAAAUCGAAGAAUACAUGGUAAAGCUCAAACUUAAUGCAAUAGCUUGGAUCUUCCAUUUUCUACUUUACCAGUCUCUUAAAUGUAGAUACCCAUCUACCCCUUCAACCAGACUGAACUAUUCAUUGCUCUUCCUGCAUGAGACAUAUACUUUCCCUUUAUAUUCCUUUGAGUAUGUUUUUCCUCAUGCUUAAAAUGCCCAUCUGUCCCCUACCUGCCCAUCAAAAUCCUACAAAUCCACCAAGCUCAUAUACCUCCUUCUUCAUAAAAGCUUCCCAAGUCUCUAAAGUUCUGGUUCCCACAACACUUGGAUUCAGAGAACACACCUAUCAUACAGAACUGAUUGGAGUCAUGCUUCUCCUAGACUAAAUUUAUAAAAGCAAAGGAUUUUAGAUGUGGAGAGGACUUUUGAGGUUAUCUAACACAACCUUGUAUUUUACAGCUAAGAGAACAGAGGCCCAAAGAGAAUAAAUGUCUCACUCAGAAGUAAAUGUCAGCCAGUGACUGGCAGAGCCAGUCACUCUUCUGAAUCCCCUGGAGCUAUGCUGCCUAUGUAAUUUUUCUAUCUUCUCUGCUAGAAUAUUAGUGCCCAAAGUCAAAGACUGAGUUCUGUUCAGCUUUGCCUCACUUAUAAUUACUAAACUAGUGCUUUGCAUACAGGAGGUUCACAAAAUUAUCCUGGAUUAAAAUGAAUGCUUAAUGUGCUAGUUAACAGAUACUUUUAGCCAACAGCCAUCCUAUCCUGGGUUUCCCAGUAAACAGUCUGAGCCGGAGGUUACUUGCUGAUGUGAGAAUGAGGAAAAGGAGAAACAGGCAGAACCAUGCUUUAGGGCAGUUCAUAAGAAGGAGUUUGCAAUACUCCCUCCACUUCCUGUUUCCCACUGAUCAGAAUUGCCCUCCCCACCCCAUUCCCACCCACACUUUCAGUUUUGACCUUUGGCCCUUCAGUGGCUCUUUGGAAAGCUGGAUUCCAUGCCCUAUUGAAAGGCUGCUGAUUUGAGUCAGACUAGAAGAUGUACAUGAGAUGAGUCCAACAAAGUAUCCUAAACCCCAGCCCAUUACAACUGCUAUUUUGGUAGUUUUUGAAGCACUUUGAUACUACACAACACAAAAUUGAUGGCAGUUUUCUUUAAACAUGAUGUGGUUUUGGAGUGGUAGUAGGGGUCCGGAGCUGACGGCCAAGAAAGAAUUCUUGAGACAUCUUUGGUACAAAAAAGUGAUUUUUUUUUUUUUUAAAGCACAGGGACAGGACCUGUGGGCAGAAAGAGCUGCCCCUGGAUUAUGAGGGUGAUAUUAUAUACUUGGGAGUUGGGGGAGGUAAAGAAAAGGCGAAGUUUCCAAAAGGACUUUCAUAUGCUAAAGAAGACUCACAGGAUGUGGGAAGUCUAGCUAUUGUCAAGCUAAGGCUGUUUUUUCCCCCCUCUAGUAAGGCAUUAACAUUAAGACAGUAGGGAGUUCCUGGAGAGAUAUUAUAUUCAGCCUGCCUCAAGUAUUUGUCAAUGGGCUGCAGGUUACAAAGAAAUUUAAUUUUAUUUGCUAUUUUCUUCUUGCUUUUGCUCCCCACAUCACUAUGAAGGGGAGGGUAAUGUUGGGGCUCCAGGAAACAGAGUCUGUAGGUUUCUGGAGAUUAGGUUAUUGAUCAGAUUUUUUUUUUUUUUUUGUAAUUUACUAAGACAUUGGUAAAGUGAUGGAGACUCAUAUCCUGCAGAACCGUGAUCUCUAUCAGUUAUUUUUCUCUUUCCUUUAUUCUUGGGCAGCCAGGAGUGCCUAAGGAAUAUCACACAUAUCCCACCUGGGGAUGAUGGGGGGAGGAGGUUUGCAAGGUGUCAGCUUGCCUUAUGCUCCCUCAUCAGACAGAGGCCUGAAACAGGAAUAACUUUUAAAUGUUCUAUACAAGUAAACAGUGAUGUUCAUGAAUAAGAAGACUUACAGAUUGAACAAGUCCUGAUUUUUCUCUUAAUCGUAAUUAAGAAUUGGCAAAUGCAUACAUAGCUCAUAAAAACUAGCUUGCUGUGAGCAAGCUCUAUGCUUCCAAUGCUCACGUGAACUCCGUGCUCAUAGGGAUGAAGAACCAGCUGGUGGUUUUGAGAGUGGCUGGUUCCCUGCAGAAGAGCAAAGAAGUGAUGAAGGCCAUGCAGAGCCUUGUGAAGAUCCCAGAAAUCCAGGCCACCGUGAGGGAGCUAUCCAAAGAGAUGAUGAAGGCUGGCAUCAUAGAAGAAAUGUUAGAAGAUACUUUUGAAAGCAUGGAUGAUCAGGAAGAAUUGGAAGAAGCAGCAGAAAUGGAAAUUGACAAAAUUCUGUUUGAAAUCACAGCAGGUGCCUUGGGCAAAGCACCUAGUAAAGUGACCAAUGCCUUUCUGGAGCCCAGACCUUCAGGAGCGAUGGCUGCAUCAGAAGAUGAGAAGGAAGAAGAGGCCCUGGAGGCCCUGCAGUCCCAUCUUGCCACACUCCGCAGCUAGUGGCUGCUCAGCUAGGCCCUCGGGUUCUUUCGUGGCCCACCUACUGGGAGUGGGCACACUCCUCUGAAGCAGUCAUCAUGUUAUGUAUCUCUUGCACUACACCUCUGAAUCAGGCACUUUUAUUCUGAGAAGGUUCUCUGCUAAUAUCGCUUCACUUGGCAGAGGUUUUGGGAUCUCAACAGGAUUGGUCUUGAGAGGUGGGGUUAUAAAAGCAUCAUUUUCAGGUGUAUACAUAGAAGUAUCUUUUGGGGGCGAGGGCAAAGGAAUCUGUCUUCUCCUGAAGCACUUCUGAGGAUAGAGUUGAUGGCCUGAAUGUUGAGGACUCUCCAUGUUUUUUAUCUCUAAAACACUAUAUAAAAUGGAUUUUAAUAAAUUUCUGCUUUAACAAAAAAAAUUAUUGACAUAAUACUGGUGAAUCAAGUUGAUGUAUCUAGUUGUGGCAUAUCAUUAAGGGGAGAUUUAAAUUCCCAAUCUUUAACUUUAAAGGUUAAUGCUUAUUUUGCUUCUUAAUGACUUUAUAGUAUACAUGCUGAUCAUUUUUUGAAAUAUGUUAAUGGAACCAAUUCAAGUACCAUGGGUAUAAAGCUGUGGUUUGAGCCUCAAAUGUCUGAGCAUUGGCCAUAAUAUAGUCUGGGUCGUGUGCUCAUUAGGGUUCUUUGAUUUAGUCAGUCUGGGAUGGUGUCAGUUUAUAGACCUAGGGAUGGGACGGCCCAUGAGUGCAGACAUCUCCUGAUAAGAUUAGUAUACAAAUGGUUAUUUCUAUUGGUAGUACUGCUUGAUUGUCAACUUUUAGCAGUCUCAAUUCUCCGGGUUUUAAUUAU